AUGCGUCUGAGCAAAGGGCCUCCCCGCAUCACGUCGGAAGAGAUGCAGACACGAGACAUUACGGAAGAGUUCACCAAAGCUGCUUCGAAACUAGAAACUGGCCAACUCGUUAAAGAUGAAUUCUUCACCUUGUUUGAGUCCGUCGGGGCCUUGGAGAUUAUGGACUCCAAGAUGGACAGUGGAUACCUUGCGCCAGGCGAUACAUUAGAGGAUGAUUACGACGUUAUGAGGGAACUACUUCCGGAAGAAGUUGUGGGUAUUAUGGACCAACUUUUAUGCCUGGAGGUAGCAUGGCACAUGGGCCAUCCGUUAUCUCAAACGCUUUUUACAUCGAUAUAUUUGGAUCGCCUUCUCUGGCCGGUUCCGUCGAGUCUUGAAGAUGCCCAAUUCCAUCGAUGCUCUCAAGCGGGCGGGCAUGAACCUCAAAGUAAUGAAGGGGACCAAGGUGGAGGAGGAGGUAAUGGUGCAGACUUGGUCUCUAUUGUUCUUAGGGCCUACUGUUUAGCGUUGGUCAAAGCUUGUGACCGUGUUAUUGCAAGAGUAAGCUCAGAAUAUUAUUAUGAGGAAGAAGAUUUUGUCACACAGUUAUAUAACCGGAAACUCCUGUCCAAUGUCGAAUCCUCCAAAGUCCAUGCUCUUAUUGAAGACGCCAUAUCCUGGCUUAACGACCAUAAUCAGGAUAUGUAUAAGCCGGUCAUGGAGGCGCUUGUCAGUCGAUUGGUGUUUCGGAGGGAGUUUCUCAAUGCCUUAGAUCUGGAUACUUCUGUGAUGCAAUGCAGAUCAACGGAGAAUUCUCAGGCUUGCCUUGACCAGAUACGCAUUAUCGAAAAGUCGAUGGCAAUUGGGAGACCUGUUGAGGAGUCAUUCAGUCGUAAGAUCCAGCGGCGUUUGGCUAGCACGGUCCCUCCACGGCCCAUGGUCAGAAUCGAUCCAAUAGAUGCAAUGGCUUUUCUCAAACGCUUAUGCCAGGAUGCUAUUGACGUACAGGAGAUUCUUGAUUCUCGUAGCCCCUACGACUUGCAGAAAUCGGUCUGGACAUUGCAAUCUCGAAAACCCCAACCGUCAGUUUAUAUUCGCUCUCUCACGCAAACAUUUCUUCUUAACGAAAUGCGCGUCCUCGGCACUCAAUCCAUUAAACAAUUCUGUUAUAAUGAUUUAAUCGACCUUGUCCUGCCAUGGAGUACGCUACUGGACAAGGAGAACGAGGACGUUGAAAUACCUUCCGACCCCCGAUUUCAAAUUGCAAAACACAUGGAUAUUUUCAUUAAACGAGUCGCUCAGCCAUUUAUUGAUACUUACCGGGCGUCAUGCCUCAAUCGUUGCCGAAUACGCCGCACACUUUGUCAUUCGAUCAUUGAUUGGGACCAUCUUCAGGCUGAGACUGAGGAGAUCGACGUUCAUCUUCGCAACUUGACUUCCGAACCAGCAGUUAGGAUUAAUGGAGACGAGCUCACGCACGCUUACCCGCUCAGCAGCUGGGUAUAUCAUCAGAAACUAAGACAGGUCCGGCUCCUUCUACAACUUGGAUUCGAGCUUUCUAUAUAUUCCCCGGAGGAGCUUGCCGGUCUGUACUGGUAUCUGUCUCAUAUAUGCGGCACACACAUUAGUCAUUUGGAGCGGAUACGUUCCUGCGUCGAAGCGGAGUAUCAGAGAGGAAUAGUCCAAGCCGGAAACGCUACACAAGCCAACAUGGCUGAGCGAAAGCGGGCAUUCGAGAGGACGUUCAAAGUCAUUCAUGGAUAUUUAACUGAGCUUCUCGCCAUAGACGCGUUCGCGGUCGCUCUGCACGCGCUAUACACCCUUAUCCUACGGCACAACCUCCUUCCUUCAACAUAUCUAGCUUCUUCUAAACGCUACUCGUCAGAGAAGCUGCGCUACGAACUACGCAUGAAGCCAUUCUUCUCCGUGUCAUUGCCAGAGCCGCUUCCUUUCGAAUACUUCGAAAGAGAAGUUACGCUGUCUGGCAGGAAUGACGAGCAGGUUUUGAAAAUGGGUCUGGCAGCAAGUGCCGAAGCAAGGAAAGUUUUAGAACAGAACUUAGCAGAGGGCCCGUUCUUAGGGUCCGAAUCAACGGCAGGGAAAGCACCACAAGAUGAGAAAAAGAAUUUACAGUCUUCUGGCCUCGAGAAGGACUGGACCAGAGACGUCAAAGAUUCUUUAAGAGCUUGUAUUGCGACAAGUAUUGCCAUUGGGUCGUUCAAAAAAGCUCUUUUGGCGAGCCCAGCACCAUCAUCGACGAAAUCAGAGGCUGACACGAUCGAACCUGUGGGUCCUUCGCCGAAACGAUUGAAUCUGUCUGUCGAGAUUCCAGAACCCGGUUCCAAAGGUCGUUGGCAUGAUUGGUGGAUUGUGCCAAAGGUGUCGGAGGUUCUUCCUGUUCGGGGUGUUUAGCCGCUAACUACAAAAUGCCUCCUGUUGAUGUGCGGAGCAUCUAUAUGUGGGUGUGGAAGGAUGAUGGCAAUGCGACAUUGGCCACCCUUGUAUUAGGAAGGUAUAUCCAUAUCUGCCCUUACAACUAGCUAUUAUUCUUAUUGUAUAAAAUAGGUAGAGGCACAUAACUUUCUACAGGCUUUGUCGCCUAGACAUGUGCCUAGCUCUAGCAGGGGUGAGAGGGUGAGAAAAAUCCAUGGUAAACAAUUGUUUCAUAAGGUGCCAAAAAA